AUGAUGCCUUCACCUGCCAAAAUUUUCCCAUGUCUCAUCCCCUCUUUUUGUAAGGAGUAUAUCUCUAGCAACCUAAUUCUUCUGAAUCCUACUGCCCGGCACCCACCGGCUGGCCAGUCAGCCACUUCCCUGCACUGCCGCAGGGGUGGGAAGACGACAGAGGUGGUCCUGGACAAAGAAAGGCUAGGAAAGAAGCAGCUCCUCUGGCUGCACCUGUCCCACAUCCGUGUCAUCUUGAAGAGCUCCCCUGAGGUGUCCAGCAUCAACCAGGAGGCACUGGUGCUCACUUCCACGGAGGAACUUGUUCAAUAUCUAGCCCCCUAUUCAUAGAGACAUGGCAGUGGAAAGGAAGAGAAAACCCUGACUUACAGUGACUUAGCAAGUACUGCAGAGGAAUCAGAAACUUUUCCAUUUCUUGCAGAUAUAUUGCAAAAGAAGAUUUCGGCUAGUAAAUACCUGAAAAUGCUUAAAGAGGAAAAGAGGGAAGAAGAUGAAAAGAAUGGCAAUGAUAAGGAAAGUGACCAUGCGAAGCUGAACCCUAAACCAAAAAAGUGCUUUAAAAACUAA